UCAACUUCUAUGUGGUCGGGCCCACUCUCAUUGAACUGUCGGCGCUGUUCAGCACAACCAUCGAGAAAAUAUGCUUCAUAUAUACGGUGCGGUCGGCCGGUACCACUGUUGGCAGCCUAAGCGGUUUUCUAUUCAAUUACAUCAACCGACAGUUGGCUUUCGUCUUCUUCAUGGCGCUCAUGGGCUUCAGUCUCAUUCUGAUGCCUCACUGCCAGUCCUUAUCACAACUGUUUUCAUUGGCCGCCAUCAACGGCUUCUCCAUCGGCAGCUUCGACACCGCCAUCAAUGUCUGGCUGCUGGAGAUAUGGGGCGCUGAGAGCGGGCCGUAUAUGCAGGCCUUGCACUUCGCCU